CGUCCUGGUACUAAUAUUUCCGGUUUGUAUUUUCUGUCAACACAACAUACUUGGGUCUGCGCGGAAUGUCAACAAACCAACAACAUCGCGCUAAGCUAACGCCAGGCUAAAGCAUUAGUUGCGACUCCGGUCUACGCCUAAAGUUGCUGCCCUCAGAGAGAAGUGGACUCUCUCAUGGUGGUGUCACGUCCAUGGGGAACUGUCUGUUUUCACAAGGUGCGGAUGACCUGUCGCUCUUGAAUGAGUCCGAGGGGGGCAGUCUGCCUGGAGAGCCACCGCCGCCCUACCAGGAGCGUGCCCAGCCGGUGCCAGUGUUCCACCCCAACCCUGGACAAAGCCGCCUGGCCAGCCAACUGACUGAGGAGGAGCAGAUCCGCAUCGCUCAGCGCAUCGGACUCAUCCACCACCUUCCCAGAGGCGUCUUCAACCCAGGCUCCGACCCCUCUGAGAAGAAAGUUAAAGAGUGUGUGAUCUGCAUGAUGGAUUUUGAGUAUGGUGAUCCCAUCCGGUUCUUGCCCUGCCUCCACAUCUACCACAUGGACUGCAUUGACCCCUGGCUGAUGCGCUCCUUCACCUGCCCCUCCUGCAUGGAGCCAGUAGAUGCAGCCCUGCUGUCCACAUAUGAAACCAACUGAGAACCCCCCUCCCUGGUGGUUGCUCUUGCCUAAAAGUAAUUGCACCUUUUUUUAACCAAAACUGUCCUAGCUGUCACGACAGGUAGUCGAGGCCAUGCAACGUCAAGCAGAUGUUUGUAGAGUGUUUGGGGAUGCAGACAGAUGUUAAAGUGUUGCUGCAGAGCUUUGCAUGGGUCUCAGAUGACUCUGGGUUGUAAAAAGUGCCAAAUGUGCCAAAUCAAAUCAGAUGAAGAAAAGCUGUGCAAAUAGCAGAAUAUUAUUACAAGAAUGUCUCACUUCUGCUUGUCCUAAUAUGUGAAGUAAUCAGUGGAAUUAGCUUUUCCUUUCUGUGACGUGAUGGGCGAUGUUACAUGAGUGGAAAUGUGUCAUCGAGCUGCAGAUGAAAACGUGGAGUAAAAUUAAGAUAUUAAACGCUGGUGUGUGAUUUCAUAAACAGCAAUGCUGUCAGGCUCCAUGAUCUUUUAAAUCCAAAGCAAGAUUAAAAUGGUGGUGUUUCAGCUUUUGAACAUGAAUUUUUGAAGAUUAGUUUUACUUUAUUAUACAGAGGUUUGUUGUUUGGAUAUUUUUUCUCUCUUAAAGCUGCUUUUAAAAAUGUGAAUCUGUUUUUUUGCCUCAGUAAUGAGUCCUCAUCUUUGCUUUGCCUUGGGUUUGUUAUUUUGUUAUGCUUCAAAAUCCAAUCCUUGGUGUCCUUUUCAUUUAUAAAGAUGCUGUGCAAUCCCCCCAUUUUAAGCACCUUGGGAAACCCCUCAUCUAAAAAUUUUGUAGCUUGUAGAUUUCAGAUUGUUUUCAUCAGUGUGUGUGUGUGUGUUGUAGAUAACUUUGGUUAGAGACGUGUCAAGGUUUUUGUUUUCAGCCUGAAGAAGUUGGAUUUGUUUUUGUGCUGCUGGACUUAUGUCAGUUUAUGUUGUAUUUCUAAAGUCCCUGAGUCUGGUAAAACACAACCCUUUUAUUUCCGAUUCUGACUGUUUAAUGUGCAGCACAAGCAAGCAGCGAAACGAGCUACUGUAGUAGACGGGAAUGUAUCUUGAAUGUGAUUUGAACUGCACGAGUGACAAUAAGAGGAUGUUUCUAAAUUUACUUUGCACUUCCAGUGCCUUUUUUCAGAUGGGUGUAAGCCAAUUCCUGUGAAGUACAAUCAUUUCUCAUAUUACUUUUGUCUGUCUUUAUUGUCCUCUAGGAGGAGACGGAUACCAGCACUGAACUGAGAGGUUUCACUUAAGCUGUUUUCACACAUGAACCUUGGAGAUUAUCAGGAGAAUGUGCAGACAGUUUGGUCUGGGCUUUUCUCACAGUUGAUGUUCACACAUGUAGUACACAGCAUUAGAUGUGCUCUAACAGCUGGAAAUUUAUGGGAGGAGGGGGUGUGGGGGAAUAUCUGUCUAGCGCUCACAGGAAACAAGACAUUAUGCAGAAAUUAAGCUGUGGAAAUCACUGUUAUCUUUACAACCUGUUGAGAAGCUGAUGAAUCUGUUGUGCCGAUGUAAAUAUUGCAUGCGUCUUAACAUUAUGCAUGAUAGCGAGGAGGGAUUAGAAAAGAGAAUAAAGCAGUGACUCUUCAGUCGCACUCCUCUGGAAGAUUUGCUACUACGUUCACGCCUUGUCUCACCAGCUCAAAGAUUUUACUUUGGUGGAAAUUUUCCCACAAGAAAUCCAGAGUGAAUGCUGUGGACAUUUGCUUUGGCACAUGCCACCCCUCUGGAAGAUCUCUGGGAUGUUUCAGGAGUCUGGUACAUGUGUGAAAACAGCUUAUCAGACAGGCCAGAGAUGAAGCCUGGCGGCUGGUAACAAUUAACAAUUACUGUGUCUUUUCAUUUAUAAUGAUACUGGUGCACAAAUUUUUGGAAAUCACAAUAAAGGUGGAUACCAAAAUCUUAAA